AUGAAGCCGUUCAAAACUUCCGCUUUACAGUUCACAGACAGCCGGAAACUUUUCGGUGGCUACCGAAUUACGCCAAAGUUCUGCAAUGCUACGAGGUCGCUGGCGAAACGUGAGCCGGAGCGCCGCGGGCCGACGAUCUGUAUGUUCAACCACGAGUGCUUUCAGCGGCAGGGUGAGGUGGUCGGGGCGUGCAUGGACGGGUUCCUGUUCGGGACCUGCUGUGAGCUGCCCCUGACACCGGAGUCACUCCCUCUCGGCAGCGAUCCGCUGAUGGAGCAGCUGAACGCGACCGAGCAGCAGUCGAACGGUGGCCAAUCGUCGUCCCUUAGCUCGGCCAUCGCCAGUCAGUACGAGAAGUUCGGCAGCCAAAUGGGUGGAUACGGUGGUGAGUCGCAGGCUCCGGCGCAGGACGAGACCAUCGACACCAGUGGCGGGUACACGGUGAGCAGCGAGAAGAUUGGGCCACUGUUUACGAAGAUCCAGAACAACAACUACAUCGGGAACGACGAUCUGGAUGAGGACAUCGUGAUGAACAGUAUCAGUGCCGCCGCCAGCAAGUACGAUGUGGCCAGUGGGGCCGUUUCCGUGUACUCUCCGUCGACGAACAAGAUUAAAACCGACGAGCAGCCGCUGGUUCCGCCAUCGUCGGCCGGAUACCCUUCGACGACCGAGUCGGACGGAGAGAACCACUUCGCCGGGAGCCAGGUGGACGUGGAUGGUGUGUACAGCUCGGAGAUUCCUUCGCUACUGAGCGUCUACGGAGAGCACGGGGAUUCGGGUGAGGCAAGCGAGACGAGUGGAGCUUCCCAGCAAUCCACGGAGCACACCGCCGGAGAUAUUACGGCCACCGGGGUACAGCAGAUUGCCAAUCAGAUCCUGCAGGAGAACGGCCAAUUCUUCGACCACAGUGACAUCACGCAUCCGGCCGCCGAAACGGAUCUCCUGAACGAGCACGGCUCGGUGGACCAAAGUUACGCCAAUCCAGCGGACUUCUCCGGCAUACCACAGCUAGCACCGGCUCCAGUCCCCGACACACCACCACCACCGCCGUCGACGGUGAAACCGGCGAAGGUAACGUACCCGAAGCCACACUUCAAACCGCGACCGAAACCAACGCCAGCCGCCACCAGCAGUGGUGAGCAGGGUAACGACCAGUACGUCCUGGUCCAGACCAUCUCGAACGACACGAAAAACAACGAUACGGCCCCGGUCAAGCCGACCGUCUCGAUGAACAGCAUUCCGUCGAUCGAGUCCAUCAUCCUGAUGCUGAACGAUUCGGCCGUAGGUCCCCAGUACGAUACCGACGGGUCCACGGUGGCGGCGUCCUCCAGUUCCGACACCACUUCGCCAGCCCCCGGGACCUACGGGACCGCUUCGAUCGACUACGACCGGUACGGUCCGACCAGCUUCUACAUUACGAAGCCCCAGAAAACGGACACCACGAGCAACGUGCCGUCGACCAGCUACGUCUACAGUCCGAAGCCGACCAAACGGCCCACUCUGGAACCGGUCGUAGUCCAGGCCACCCUGCUGACCAACGGGUACGGUGCAGGCCAGGCCGAUCCGAUUCCUUCCUCGACACCCCGACCGAAGCCCACGAAGAUCAUCGUCUCGACGAGCACUUCGACCACCGCGACCAAGCGCCCGGUUCUGAUCACUUCCGACACCCUGGCCAGCAACUACUACGGCGGAGCGACCAGACCCGCCUCCACGAUCGCCGUCUCCUCGGUGCAGCCGACGAAGAAGGUCACGACGACUGUCGCUACGAAGCGCCCCGUUCCGACCACAAUCCAGCUACCGGAAUACAUCGUCCAGUCAUCGACGCUGUCCCACCAGAAUCCUUCGACGUUGGCCAACGUUAACUACAUCCAGAUUGCCAGCGCAUCGGACAGCCCAUCGCCGACCGUGCACAUCACACCGAAACCGGUGGUCGGUCUGGUGACGUCAUCGACGUGGAACAACAAGCACACCCAGCCGCCUGGGGCCGCCAGUAGCUCGCGACCCGGUUUCUACGAAAACACGCCACCCGUGUACCUAUCCUCGAUGGCCGAUUUCGAGGACGAGGGAUACUUCGGAUCGACGAGCCGCCCGGUGGCCCACGACCAAACCGGAUCAGUGACGUCCGCGACCGCAAUCUAUACCAUCGUCGAUGGUGGCAACAAGAUCAGCAACUUUGCGUCCUCUUCGACCUACCCACCGGCGUACGGACCGACGCCAUCGUACGGAUCCGGCUCCUACCCAGCUCGCAUCCCACCGGUUCCGAGUCAGCCCAGUCUGCAGACGUACGGCCAGGCGGCCCCGAUCGAAGUGUCCACAUUGAAAACCGAACUCUACACUACGCCCGAUGACAGCAACAACUUCCCGCCGGUCCGCAACCCAAACCUCAACAUCACCGAAGCGACCGGCAGCAUGUCGAACAUUACGAAGAUCGAGAACGGGUCACCGGCCAACGAGGAGGACAAGGUGAACCUGCUGGUCAACAAGCUGGUCGCGACGUUCAACGGUAACCUGGCCGAGCUGGAGCAGAUCCUGAAGGAUCGCAACAAUCUGACGUCCUUGGCUGACGGGACCGCGGCCGACACCAGCCCGAGCAGCUCCACCACGGUCAAACCGACGAAAAAGAAGAAGAAGCGCCCAAGCGGUAACCGGAAGCCGGUGAAUGGGACUACCGGGACGUCGACGAAGAAGCCGACGACGGCCAAGCCGACCGCUCUGGCCGAUACACCGGUCGCAGGAGGCACCACCGUAAAGCCGACUUCGGCGCGCCCUUCGAAGAAACCCACGAAAGUGCGCCGUCCAAGUAACUCCACCAAGCCGACGUCGAAACCGGGCGCCAACCAGGGAGUGACGCUGGUCAACAACAAACCCCCACCAUCGGCCGAUACUCCUUCGAAGCCGAAACCGUCGAACAAACCGAAACCAGGAUCCUCGUCGUCACGCCCGAAGCCAUCGUCGAAACCGCCGACGCCAUCCACCACGAAGAAGCCGGUCCGGGUGUCGACAACGAAGAAACCGACCCGGAAGCCGAGCACCGCGAGGCCCACGCUGGCCGACGCCGACCUGACGACCACGGUCACCACACGCCGCCCGACCAAAGUGACGAAGCGGCCGACGCGACGACCGACGACGACGACCAGUACGACCGCCGCCCCGGAAGACGAGACGAUCAACGAGGAGGAGAACGCAGUGGACGGCGAGGACGAGGAGGGCGACGCCGAGGGCGAGGAGGACGAGGACGUGGGCGAGGAGACGAACGAGGGCGAGGCCGAGCAGCCGGCGGGAUCGAGACGCAUCCUUUGUGGGCAGCGGCCACUGAUGAAGAGCGCACGGGUGGUGGGCGGCAAGGCGUCCAAGUUUGGCGAGUGGCCCUGGCAGGUGCUGGUCCGGGAGUCGACCUGGCUCGGGCUCUUCACCAAGAACAAGUGCGGCGGGGUGCUGAUCACCAACGAGUACGUCAUCACGGCCGCCCACUGUCAGCCGGGCUUCCUGGCCUCGCUGGUGGCCGUGUUCGGUGAGUUCGACAUCUCGAGCGACCUGGAAACGAAGCGGUCCGUGACGAAGAACGUGAAACGUGUCAUCGUGCACCGGCAGUACGAUGCGGCGACGUUCGAGAACGAUCUAGCCAUCCUGGAGCUGGAGAAUCCCAUCCACUACGAUGUCCACAUAGUGCCAAUCUGUAUGCCGGGCGACGAAGCCGACUUCACCGGGCGCAUGGCGACAGUGACGGGUUGGGGCCGGCUGACCUACGGCGGCGGCGUACCGUCCGUCCUGCAGGAAGUUCAGGUGCCGGUCAUCGAAAACAGCGUCUGCCAGGAGAUGUUCCACAUGGCGGGCCACAACAAGAAGAUCCUACCAUCGUUCGUCUGUGCCGGGUACGCCAACGGCAAACGUGACUCCUGCGAGGGUGACAGCGGUGGCCCGCUCGUCCUGCAGCGUCCCGACGGCCGGUACGAGCUGGUCGGAACCGUUUCCCAUGGCAUCCGGUGUGCUGCCCCGUAUCUGCCCGGAGUCUACAUGCGCACGACCUUCUACAAACCCUGGCUCCGGAGUGUCACCGGUGUCAAGUAG